UCGUUUGUGGGGCCAUUUCGACGGCGGCAGGUCCCGUGUAGCCGCGGGUCAUGUGACGAGAAGUUGCAGGCCAUAUGAAGCGAAGCUGCGCGACACCAUCUGUCCCGAGCUGGAGGUUCGCCCACCCUCGUGGCAGAGUGACACGGACAUUACUCGCGCCUCUCGAACACAGCACAGGAGGACCCGCGCCUCUUAUCCCGGCUCAUACAGCUUUCGCUCUAUCGUGGGCUCUACGUCAUCGCUGACGUCACCGGAAACGAGCGCAAGUCCACGCUGAGAAUCUGCGGCAGGAGGAGCUUUGCAUCGCGCCCAGCGCCUCGCAGUUUCACCACCAGCAGCAGCACCACCAUCACCACCACCACCAUCACCACCAGCAGCAGCAGCAGCAAGACAGAGAGAGGGCAGACGUCUACCCCGCUGAGAUGGAGUGCGGAGCGCCUGGCAGCGGAAGGAGCCUCGCCAGCCCAGACGUGAGAGCUUCGACUCAAGGAGCCGACUUCGCCCGGGGGACGCGACUGCCACGACUCGUGAUCACCGCGCAGUCACCGCGACUCUUGCCACAACAACGCAAUGAUGCGAGUCUGAUGAGGGAUGCGUACUUACGAAUCGAUGGCGUGGCCCUGGCCCUGAAGCCGAACCCCCAUGCGAGACCGCCACGGAACGUGGCCACGAGGGCCCAAGCCAGGGCCCCGGCGCCAACGCGUUGGAUCACUGCCGGCUCACUGAGGCCCACCCCGAGUCUGCCUACCAUCGCCAUUGGUGGAAGCAGCAAGAGCAGAAAGAGCAGCAAGAAGAGCAUCAGGGCAUGGGCAAUAGCGGCUAAGUGCUGUCUAAAGUCAUAUCACGAGGAGCAACAGCCCCAGGACGCGUCGUUGAAAAUCAACGGCGUGGCAAUGGUCCUGAGGCCGACCCCCCGUGCAGCGCGUGGGCACAGCCUUUCUCAGAAACUACCCUGGGAGGCAAGCGACCCGCCCAGCCGUCAGGAAGCGAAGGAGCUGAAGAGAGAUGUCUCCUUCGCUCGGCGUGCGGCCACCGAGGCCCUUCGGCUCUCGGGACAUAGCCGUGGCGAUGAAGACUGCGACCAAGACGGCGACGGCUUCCACAAACGUGUGGGAUCCACUGAAGAGAAUGGGCCGGGUCCAAACAAUGACCCGUCCGUGGAUUCACUCGAAGAGGCCUGAAGCAGUGGGACACGGAUGCAUAUGCACACACACACACACCCACGCACACACACCCACGCACACACACCCACGCACACACCCGCACACACACCCACGCACACACCCACGCGCACACACACCCCCACGCACACACACCCACGCACACUCCCAUGCACACACACGGUCAUACAUACGUACACAUACACAUAC